AUGUGCACGCUGAAGCGCCAGGCUACGACGGUCACCCCGUCUGGCAGUACUGGCAGUGGCAAUACGACCAGCAACUCUGGCGAUGUGAUUGCCGCAAGCUGGUAUGCCGGCUGGAACUACCAAUAUUUCGCUCCCUCGAACAUCAGCUGGUCCAAGUACAGUACUGUGUACUAUGCGUUUGCUGAGACGACGCCGGACUCGUCGACAAUUUCCCUCACCUCGGACGACACGAAUGUACUGCCUCAAUUUGUCAGCUUGGCGCACCAGAACAAUGUGAAAGCUGUCCUGACCAUCGGUGGCUGGAGCGGAUCCCAGUACUUCUCGAGUUCGCUCGCGACCGCGGACAACCGCACUGCAUUCAUCAAUGCCGUGACGAAGCUCGUCAGUCAAUACGAUCUGGAUGGCGUCGAUUUCGACUGGGAAUACCCCGGAAAGCAAGGUCUCGGGUGUAAUACCAUCAGCGAUAACGACAGCGCGAACUUCCUGUCGAUGCUGCAAGAACUCCGCUCCCAGCCCGCGGGCAAGAACCUUACACUAUCCGCCGCGGUCUCCAUCACGCCCUUCGUCGGCUCGGGCGGCACGCCCAUGAGCGACGUCUCCGCGUUCGCGUCGGUGCUCGACUACAUCGAGAUCAUGAACUACGACAUCUGGGGCUCGUGGAGCACGGGCGUCGGCCCCAACGCGCCGCUCGACGACAGCUGCGCACCGCCCGCGGACCAGCAGGGCUCGGCGACGUCCGCGGUGAAGGCGUGGACGGCGGCGAAGAUGCCCGCAGAUCAGAUUAUCCUGGGCGUUGCGAGCUACGGGCACAGCUUCUCUGUGAGCACGAGUGCGGCGUCGAAUGGGAGCAGCCUGGCGGCGUAUCCCGCGUUUAACAAGGCGGAGCAGCCGGACGGGGAUAAGUGGAGCGGAGACGCGACGUUCAAUGCGAGCGCGACGGACGCGUGUGGGAACCCCGUGACGAAGAGCGGGAUCUUUGAUUUCUGGGGAAUGGUCGAUGGUGGGUUCUUGACCGCAAACGGAAGCGUCGCGGAGGGGAUGAUGUCGCGGUACGACGAGUGCAGUCAGACGCCAUACGUGUACAACCCGAACACGCAGGUGAUGAUCUCGUACGACAACGCCCAGUCCUUCGCUGCCAAGGGCCAGUUCAUCAACACCCAAGGACUCGCUGGGUUUGCCAUGUGGGAGACCGGCGGGGACCUCAAUGACGUCCUCCUCGACGCCAUCUCGCAGGGCGCGGGCGUCGACUCAUCUGACUCCUUCGACGACUGCUGA